GGUGUCCGUGUCGUGCAAUUUAAUAUGAACGGGGAAUCACCCUUCUUUGGUUUUUCGUGUUUUUUAUUGAUUUUGCAGAUAGAUGUAAUGAAUUCGAUUCCAACUAUGAAUCGAUUGUGGAUAGUGAAAAGAUGUAAGUGUGCAGUUGAUUGAAGAUUUAGAAUUGUGGUCUUAUCUUAUGAAACGUAAAAGGAUUAAGCGUGGAAGGAUUUCAGUCGAAUAGACAUAACCCAAAUUUCACUUAUUAUACAUAACAGAUGAUUAUGGAUUCAUCUUCUGUUAAUGAUGAGAUAUUGAGAGUAAUAAAUGUUAACGCAAGAGUUUUGAGAAGAGAAGCUAAAUUAUCCCUGGAGUCAGAAGAUACAGAAUUGAUUGGAUUUAUGGAUGGUAAAAUGGUUUUUAAGAAGAAUAUUGUGGACAAAUCAAUAAAAACACAAGAAAAUAUAGAUAAUUUAAAUGAAAACAUGAAAAAGCACAAUGAAGAAUCUCUUAAGAAGAAUGAAGCCUCAAUGAAACCUGUUAAUACUCAAGUUAUCAAAGAAGUGAAAAUACAGAACUUCGUACAAGAACCUCAUGGUAAAAAAUUUAUAUAUUUAAACGGGAAGAAGCUCCAAAUUGUAAGACAUACUGCGAAUACAAUACAAAAUAAACUAGAAGAUAAAAUAGAGAUGCCUAAACUAAUUCCUAAGCUAAGAGGACUUAAAACAAUGUCAUUAGGUAAUAAAUCAGGUGGUGAAAUUGAAAAGAAUCAGCCAUCUGUUGUAGAGUACACAAACCAACAAGCAGUGAAUUUCUCCUCCAAACAGCCACGUAACAUAUUGCCCAAAUUAACUGGUAAAAUCAUUUCUAUCAAUAAAACUGAUAGUUUUCAAAACUUAUCUAUGAUUAUGAAAGAAAUGGGGGGGACAAUAAGACUUGUCAGCAGUCAAGAACCAUCACCACCUGGGAUUCCCCUGAUUAACAAAAGUAUAUCUGAAAAUAGAGAUCAAGGCCAUACUGUUAAAGUUGCCCGUGCCAGUAAAAUGGAACUUAGCCAAUCUAUACCUAAGGAGAAUAAAAAUUCAGUGACAGUUUCUACUAAUACUGAACAGGUGAAAACUGCACAUAAAGGAGUUCAGACUGAAAUUUCACCCAAGAAAUUGAACACAAGCAGUGAAGUUGCAGCAAACCCUAUCAGUGAACUUUAUAGUAGUGGAGUUAUAAUCGGUGAUGAUGUUAAUAUGGGGCAUGGCCCUCCUUCUAUUUAUACCCUGAAUGAACAACACAUUAAAAUGAAAUUUUUCAACGAUCUUAAUAGGUGCCUCAAAUGGGAAUCCGGCAAUUUACCAAUUCACAGAGGGGUUAUUCAGCAAGAUUUGCAAGAAGUGAGAAGUCAGUGUGUGGUGCUGAAAGUGAGAAAAAAGGGAAUAAAUAUCGCUAAUAUCAAUAAUUAUACACCCCUUCAGUUAGCAGUUAUCAACAAUGUCAGUGUUGACAUCGUAAAAGUCCUUCUUGAAUACAAUGCCGAUUUGUCAGUAUUAGAUUCGGAAGGCAAUAACGUCCUCCAUCUCGCUGUCGAACAUAACAGGACCGAUUUGGUCAGAAUUUUUCUCGAUCAACUGGAAAGCAGUAAAUUGGACAUAAAUUGCUUCAAUUAUGACGGACUUACUCCUUUGAUGAUGUGCGCUUUCCAUGUCGACAGAAUAGACAUGGCAGAGCAGCUCCUCAAGAAAGAUGCUCUGCUGAAUUUGAAAGACCUCAAAUCUGGAAGAACCGCCAUAUUCCACGCUGCCGAAAGUCACAACGCUCCGAUGGUGCUGCUGCUGCUAGAUUACGGGGCAGACACGAAAAUCAGGAACUUCUUCGGCACCUCAGUCCACGAUGCAAUGUUCGAGCUGGACGAUAUGCCAAAGGAGAUCAAGUACCCGAUAUUGGGAAGGGAUCUGAAGGUGCACGAGAAGCGAAAGCUGCAUCAGCAGAAAGUGAGGAGUCAGGAAACUUUCAAACGUAAAAAGUUAGAGAUAGUGUCUACCAUUCAGAAAUUGGAGUCUAAGUCGAGUUUCGUGGUCAAUACGGCAACCGUUAAGAAAUGAGAAGGUGUUCUUCGAAAAGAAAGGGAUUUUAUGCCGAUAAUUGGUUCAAAAAAUGUUAUAUUAGUUAUAUAAUAGUUACUAAUAUACGAGAUGUAAUUCUGUUUUAGCAUAUGCAUCUUUUACUUAGGUCAAUUCGGAUUGUUAACUUCAGGCUUAUAUCUUGCCGCAGCUUAAUUUUCUGGGUGUUCUUUGACAGAAUAUGAACAUUUUUGAUUGAAUCGUUUAUUAAUUUUGUAUAUAAUUGUGUUUGUUCCACACUGGGACAAACUUUUUUUUUUUUAAACUUUUCCUCAGGGCAAUCAGUUUCUAAAGAUAAUAAUAUGAUUAUCCUUAUACAAAUGUUAUUUUUGAUUUAAUUUUUUGAACUCCAUAAAUUUCUGAUUAUGGAGUUUGGACUGUUCGUUGUUUGAAUAAAAAGUUUAGAUAUAUCUCAAAACGCUCACUGCCAUUUAUUAAAGCAAUGUAUCGAGAAGUUUUUCACAUAAAUUCCAUCAAAACCAUCAAACUUGUGAAAUAUAUUGUUAUUGUUCUGUAAUUCUGCAUGCUGAAACAUUUUACGGCAAAUCGUGGAAGUUAAUAAGAAAAAAUGAUGAUUUAACUUGGUUCGGUCUGUUCCUAAGAAGUAAUGAAUUGUAUCUGAAUUUUACUCUUAUUUAUUACUUAGGACUUGAAAUUUUUAUUCGUUGAAACUACUCUUAUUUUCUUGUGGUUUAAAUAUAUUUCUACUUUGUAGGGAGUCUAUAAAUAUUCGAAUUUUAUGUUUUUAUUCAAUCUUUUCAAUGGAAUGAAAGGGUUAUAGUUUGCUUGUAUAUAUAUGGGACAGUUUUAUUUUAUUUUUUUAUUCUGUCGAUUGUAGAUUUUCUUUCCAUAAUGUAUGAUGGUAGAAUUGGAGAUUUCAAAACAAUCAACACCUGGCUGUGACAGUCCAAUGCAGGCUUUUUACCCACUCUAACCCGAACUUCAUCGAUCACAAAAACAUUUCAUUCUGUAGCCUUGCAUUUAACAUAUCGAUUGAAUUUUGAAAUUUCCAAAUGAUGUAUGAAUAUAACUGGAAAACAUGUAAAUAUUAUUAAGUAUAUAUCAAUAUUUAUUGUUCUAGUAGGAAUUAUUUAUAACAAAUUGAAUGUUAGUAAAAACCAAUAUAAAUUUC